CUUGCAGAGAGAAAGUGAUUAUUAAGGGAAGGCAGAGAGACUUUGCAGGAGAAGACGUGGAAUCAGGAUGUGAAGCAAACAUCCUUCAUUACUGUUUGAAUUUUAUUAGAGUUUGGCUCGGAUGACAAGGAAUUGAUGCUGCUGAUGCUUUUGGAUUUUUUCAUGGCUCAAGGCAGUUACAGGCUGAAAAAUAUGUCAGGUGGGUAUUAUUGAUAUUGUGCCAAGAGGUAGAACAUUAAAGUUUGUUAUAAUAUAUGUAACUAGUUUGUAAAAUUCUAUGUAAUGGCACAUUAUUGAUUUUGAUGUAACUUGCAAAUAAGUAUUUACAGUUUUAAAACACAUUUAUUGAAUCUUAGUACAAGAAGUAUGUCUACAUUUCUUAUUUUUUUUAUUUUUUGUUUACUUGCUGGUAAAAACGCUUAGAGGAUGCCUUUGGUUUUUAAAAAAAGCUGCCAAGAGAGCGGUUGAGCAUUCAGAGGGAGAGUUACAGCGUAAUUAUAGAGUGGGUUCAGUCUAUGUAGAACGACAUAGCAUUUGGGAUAAAGUGACCGCUCAAAACAGUGUCUGUGCAAGUGGAAAGCCCUCCUCCAUCCUUUUCUCCUACACUAGGACAGGCUGAGAGAUCAUAGUCAAAAGCAUUUUGAGGUGAAAAGACUAGACUAAGGAACAUCAAACUGAGGUAAGGACAGAAAAUAAAGCUGUAAAUUUUGAAAACUGUAAAAUAAACUAGAUUUAACGUUAACGGUAAAAAGAUUAAUGCGUUUUCUUUUUUAUACAGCUGUGUUUUUACAAGUGAGAAUGUAAAGUUAUUCCUUUUUUUUUUUGUCAGCAGAUCUAAACACUGAGGAGCGUAUUCUAAACCACCAAGGGAUCGAUUGCAUUCAUCAUCUGGACAGUAUCCAAAACGAACUCACCAUGAAGCGUCUAAGCCUUAAGAGGAGGCCCAGAGGGGCUCUCAAUAAUGUGGAAAAUACACAGAGUUCCAUUUCAAGUGACCAAUGGCUUCCUGCAGAGUCCUUGUCGUCAUCUGGCAGUGGCAGUACAAGGUUGCUUGGCAUGUCUUCUUCAACCAAAGGUAAACCUCCUCUUCCUCCAUCACACGGCUCUUUGUUGGAUAACAAAUCUUCCAAAAGUGAAGAUCCAAGCCCCUCUCAGAUUCUUACUGAGUCAAAACCCCGGCAACCUGAAAGAUACGCCUCUCCACAAAGACAAAACCCUGUGGUAGAACGGAUGAAGAACAGCCCAGAUCAAGAUCUGACGAGUCGAUCUCCACCUCAGCCCCUUCCCCGUCGACGACUUGCCAGCUUUGGAGGUGUGAGUACACCUGGAUCCCACUCACCCUUCACUGGCCUGGGUGCAUACAAUCAGAACAAUAAUGGAAACAAGCCUGCCACUGAGACAAAUGCCCACCUUAGCUCAUCCGUGGGAAGCAGAGGCAGCACAGGGUGUCUGAGGGUGAGCCCACAGAGUUCUGGCACAAGCACUCCACUUUCAAGCUUUGGGUCCAUGCACCUUCAGCAUGUUCGUGACCAGAUGGUUUUAGCUCUAGAAAAGCUGAGGGAGCUGGAGGAGCAGGUGAAAAUCAUCCCUAUCCUCCAAGUAAAAAUCUCUGUCCUUCAGGAAGAAAAGAGACACCUUUUGUCUCAGUUAAAGGACCAGACCGCCAACAAGGACACAAUCUUAAAAGGAAUAGACAACCUAGCAGGGUCUGACCUUGAGAAUGGGGUGAACACAGUGGCAACAUCUGAAGGCACUGGAAUAAAUGACUGUGCCAAGUUCAAGGAGUUAAAGCAACUAGUAGAAGAGAUGCAGGCAUUGGAAAGAACCAUCAGAGGUGGACAUUUGCAAAUGUGGCAUGAAAAAGGCCAUGGCCCCUUGCAAGAUAAGUCUACAAAGUCAGUGGCUGUUGGAACUAUGGACACAGAUAUGACCUCGUCAAAAAAAUCUAAAGAAAACAAGUAUGUGUACACCGAUCUGGUAGAGACUAAAUCCAUUGCAACAGAAGUAACAGAGCUUCACUUGGGUUUUCACAGCAAACUAGAGGCAGAGCUCGAUGCCCAGCGGCUGUUAAAUAGAGCCCUAAAGGAGAGAAUUUUCCACUUGGAAGCAGAGUUAAAAGAAUCAGCUCUCAAGAUUGAGCUGACUUGUCUGAAACUGGAGCUUCAGUCUGCAGGAGCCAGAAACCGAGUUGACAAGUCCUGCUUAGCUAGACCAUCCACUGUUAGCAUCAGCAUAGAAGCAAAACCUUCCCACAAAAGUCAGGGAGUUGGUAAUCACAUAGACCUUCAAGAUGCCAGCACAGGAGAGGCUAAAAGGGUAGAAACUGUUGGUCUGUCCUGUAAGCCUGAGAUGAAGAGCAUCUGCACAGGCCCAGAUGUGCCCAUCAACCACUGGGAGGUGAGGCAGAGAAUGGAGACCAGUGAAAAGGCUGUUGGGAUCUGGGUUUCCACAAGAACCCAAGGAACUGGAACCGAGACAAAGCUACGUGAUGAAAGCAACACCGAAGUUCCAGCAGAAAAUGUGACGUACAAAAAACAAAGGAUUAGGUGUCAGUCAGUGGAUUGCGGGGAUUAUUUUGGUAAUGCCUGCAUCAGUGAGGCAAAGAAAAUGGUUUCUCAAAGUAUUGCCACAGAUUUAGUCAGAGGAGUUGAUCGGGGAAUCACGGCGUCACCCCAAACCGCUUCACGGCGUACCAACACCACGUCUAGUUCAGUGUCUCGCUUCACUAACACCAGUCAAGCCUUCCGCAAUGAUUCCAGCACAAACACGCUCCUCAGCAAACAAGACAAGCACACUAACACAACUCAUACCUUCACCCGGACGGUGUCUGUAGGCAACAGGAUUGAAGGCUUUACAUGUGCAACAGAAACCCGUUCAGUUGGUGUCAACACUGCAAAUCUACCCGAAAGCAUCCUAAAACAAACAUCGGAGACAGUGAGCAAGGUAACAAGAGACUGUGGUGUUGGAUUCACAAAUAUUUAUGAGAACUUUCUGGUUGGACUGAAAACUCGAAAUAUGGCCUCAGGACCAUCCCAUCUCCCGGAUCCCAUCAAGACAAAGACUAUAGGUGUGGGAGAAGGGAGAAUACGAGAUUUUUCAGUUUCUUCUUGCACAACCAGGCCACGAUUCCAGCAGUCCGCCCAGUGGGAUCAUGAGUUGAGCCACUACAUUGAGAAGAUGCACAGACUCUUAAAGGAGCAUGGAGACCUCCUCACAGAAGAGGGUGACCAUUACAGCAAUGGACCACUGUGCAACAUCAAAAGUGUCACAGAAGGGGGAGCUGAGGUGCAUCUCGUCGCCUCUCAGUCAACAGACACAACUUGUACAAAUUUCAAAGAAAAUCCAGAAAUCAGUCAAGUGACCUGUAACGAAUCAGAGGUGAAAAAAAGGAUUAAGGUGUUAGAACUACAGUCAGCAUCAGCACUACAAGACACAUCUGUUGCCUGUAAGCCGUCGUCUUUGAAGAAGAAACAGGGUGGUGACCAGUCCUGCAGCAACAACAGGAAAAGCAUGAAGUUUAUGAGUGUGACUCCAGGAUUGGACCUAAUGUCAGCCUAUGAGCAAGAGGAAGAAGAAAGAAAAGGAAAUCACACAUUUAAGAAUUCUUCAAAAGACAUAAAAGAAGACACCAAAAAGGGGUCAAACGGGACUCUACAUCAGCCACCGAGGUGUAAGUUAAGUGAAAAGAUGUUUUCCGCUUGCCAGGCUUUGAAGAUUCAUCUGAGUGAGGACCCAGCUCUGUCAAGCAGAGAACUGCAGGACAGCCUACGCACACUCCAACAGGAGUGGUUCUCCAUAUCCAGCCAUAAGGCUGCUGCUCCCAACGCUGUAGGGGAGUAUUUGUCUACGUUUCAGAUGAUUUCGCCCUCAGUGUUGCACUACAUCACCAAUAUGACUGAUGGCAACGGAAAUACGGCAUUGCACUACAGUGUUUCUCACUCCAACUUCGGCAUAGUCAAAAAGCUGCUUGAUGCAGGCGUGUGCAAUGUGAACCAGCAGAACGCGGCUGGUUACACACCCAUCAUGCUGGCUGCGUUGGCUGCUGUGGCGGACCCGAAGGACAUGAGAGUUGUGCAGCAGCUCUUUGCUAAAGGAGACGUUAAUGCCAAGGCCAGCCAGGCUGGUCAGACUGCCCUGAUGCUGGCUGUGAGCCAUGGCAGGAUGGACAUGGUGCAGCCCCUCCUGGCCCUGGGGGCAGAAGUCAACAUUCAGGACGACGAGGGCUCCACGGCUCUGAUGUGUGCAAGUGAACACGGUCACGUCGACAUUGUUAAACUACUGCUGGCACAGCCGGACUGCGACGCCACCCUGACUGACAGUGAUGAAAGCACAGCCCUGUCCAUCGCGUUAGAGGCGGGGCAUCAUGACAUCGCAGUACUCCUUUAUGCUCACGCCAAUUUCUCCAGACACUCACGGGCAGGAGCUCGACACACAGGAAGGUGUUUUGUAUCCUCAGAAGGAGGGAACAUCUUUGAAUGAGGGAAGGAAGUAAAACCUGAAGGGAGGCCACACAAGUCCUGUUUAUUGAGUGAUUUGCUAUCAAAGCCCCCAAAGCAAAGGGAAUAAGUUAGCCAUUCAUCAUCAGGUGGAACUUAUCUGUUAAUAGAAUUAUUCGUUUCUCAACUGUUUGUGACUACAAUACUCAAUUUAUUGAUAUAAAUAAUAAUGGCAGAGUAAAUUAUUGAUUUCCUAUUAAACAAUGCUGUCAUUGUUUUGAAUA